GCUUCUCCAAUGGCUGCUUUAGAUUUAAAUGGAGAUUUCAACAACACCCUCAUCUGCUGCUUUUACUGCAAGUCGGUGUCCACACCCUUCAGAUAUGGCUGGCCCCUUGGCGAUGGCACUUUGGCACAACUCUGUCGUCAAUGCGGGCAUCUCUACGAUAGUGGAGCAUUUUGUACCACAUUUCACGCUGGACUUGCCGGGUGGAAAGCAUGUUUAAUCUGCAAAAAGUAUCUGCAUUGUGGAUGCAUUGUGUCUGAGAAGGAUAUUUUCGUGAUGAAUUUUGGUGGAGGUGUUUGUUGCUUAGUUUGUGCAAAGAAAUAUCUUCUUCCCGCUGAGGAUGAAAUUGAUGAACACAAGCCCGUGAAUGAUUGUCCUCCUGUAUUAACGUGGAACAAUUCCAGUGCUAAUCAAUCCAUGGACCGUCCUUCCAAUGGUGAGUUAUUUUUAUCUAAUAUUGGCUUUGAAGAACAAUAUAAUAAUGAACUCUUAUAUAUACUUGAUUUCUUUAGAGUUGAUUUAUGA